AUCGAGCAGACAGUCUCUUGCUCUUCCAUCUCGUUCGUCUUACCUGUCCACUCCUUACUGAAGUAAUUUUGCAUCCUUUUUACAACGUCUUACGGCGAUGUUGAAAGCCGGUUGGGCAGCGGUCGCAGUUUUCGCGUUCGCUAACUCAGUAUUGACUGCGCAAGCACAAACUUCAAGGCUCUCGAAGUGGGCACCUUGUCCGCAAUUUGCCGAUCUGUCCUGCGCAUACUUCGACGUCCCACUGGACUACCACAACACAUCUGCUGGUAACGGUCAACUGCUUGUCGUGAAAGCCCCUGCCACUGGCGAACGCAAAGGCACAAUCUUUCUGAAUCCUGGCGGACCGGGCGUAUCAGGUCUCACGUCUCUAUCCACAGACGCGGAGGCUUUGAUGAAUCGUACGGGGGGUGCCUAUGACUUCGUCAGCUGGGAUCCCCGCGGUGUCGGCCCCUACACUUACCCAGGAAAUGUUUACUGUAUUCCCGACGAUGAAUACGCCAGCUUUUGGAAUGGCACCAUCGAGUCGACAGGCAUUCACCAGAUCGGCAACUUCACGAACCAAACCGACAUACAGGCCCUCUAUUCCCAGGCUCCGGUUCUGGACCAGAAGUGGAAGGAGCUCGGGGACCGCUGCUUGUCGGGACCCAACGCCACUACCCUGGGCUACAUCGGUACCGCGGCGACCGUGCGCGAUUUGGUCGGACUCGCGGAUGCCAUCGUAGGUCCAAACAGCACAAUCAACUAUUGGGGUCUCUCGUACGGUACUUUAGUUGGCGCGUGGUUCAUCAACAUGUUCCCUAAUCGUGUCGGCCACGUCAUCCUUGAUGGAGUGCUCGAUGCUACCAGGGUUGCCACUACUCAGUCGUACAAGCUCUGGCGUGACCAAAUCGGAUCGGCCGAAGACGCGUAUACAGCAUUCACCAACGCCUGUGCGCUGGCGGGUCCUGACAACUGCAAGCUUGCCACUUCCGCCAACGGCACCGGUCAGGAUGUCGUCGACUAUGUCAACCAGGCAAUCACGCUUGCGCACGACCACCCUGUUGCAAACCAGCUCUUGAUACUUCGUGCGACCAUGUACAGCAGUCUCUACCAGCCCCAACAAUGGGCCGACUAUGGCAAUGAUUAUCUUCCUCAAACCAUUGCCACCAUUCAGAACGCGACUGCCGGCGGCAACACCACCGCAUUGACGAGACGAGAGCAAGUAUUCACUCAGAACAGCUACACCGAGCCUGCCGUUGUCUGCGCAGACAGUGUUGACGCGGAUCCAUCGGUAAACACGACGGUCAUUUUCGACGACAUUGUUGACAUCGUCCGCACCGUUUCUCCAUCAUUUGGCGCUGUGGGACCCGUGCCUUGGCAACGCUGCUCAUACUGGCCCGUUCGUGCCCCGGAGCGCUACCAGGGUCCCUUCAACCGCACCCUAGCAAAUAAGGUCCUCCUGAUUGGCAAUGCCUACGACAACGCGACACCUUUCGCAGAAGCCGCACAUCUGGCUGCCGUGCUCGGCGACCAGGCGGCACUCGUGAAGCAGAAUGGCUUUGGGCACACUUCCAUCUAUCAGUCAUCUGCUUGUGUCACUGACAUUAUCACGGCGUACCUCAACGAUGGAACCCUCCCGUCUGGGACAUCGUCGGAUUCCACAGUGUGUGCCAUUGACAGCUCUGUGGAACUCUUCUCGGGUGUUGAGUCCGUGGAUGUCAUCGUCAACGGUACCGACCUGUCACGCAGGGAUUGAGCCUCUUCAUACAAGAUACUUGGUAGGUAUGUCGAUAGGGAGACAAGUAAUAUACGACGCUACCAGCCCAACGUUUGGGCUGCAUACAUGUUAC